GUAGGUCUUGGAACCAAAAGAGCAUUGCAGUUAGAUGGUGCUGAUGAAGUUAAAAAAAUUAAGCUUUUUCGAACAGUGGUUAUCGAUGUUGAGGGAAAUGAGAGUGCGGAAGUCAGUGAUGGAGAAUUCCGGACUACUCGUAGCAAAUCUAAUCAAUUGAGGCUUAAAGAAGGAGAUGCACAAGCUGUUCAUAAUUAUUUUAGUUGUUUGCAGAUGACUGAUCCAAACUUCAUUUAUGUGGUGGAUCUCAAUGAGAAAGGGUGUUUGAGGAAUUUAUUCUGGAUUGAUGCAAGGUCUAGAGUUGCUUAUGGUUACUUUGCUGAUGUAGUUGUUAUUGACACUACAUGUUUGACAUACAAAUAUGAAGUACCAUUGGUUUCAUUUGUUGGAGUGAAUCAUCAUGGACAGUCUGUGCUGUUGGGUUGUGGUUUACUUGCAGGUGAGACUAUUGAAUCAUAUACAUGGUUGUUUAGGGCAUGGCUUACAUGCGUGUUAGGACGCCCUCCACAGGCUAUCAUUACUGAUCAAUGUAGAACACUGCAUGCUGCUGUUGCUGAUGUUUUUCCAAGGGCUUCACAUUGUCUCAGUUUGUCAUGUAUAAUGCAAAAAGUUCCAGAGAAACUUGGUGAACUGUACGAAUUUGAAGCAAUUAGAAUGUCAUUAAACAAUGCAGUUUAUUACUCCCUAAGGCCUGAGGAAUUUGAAGCAGCUUGGGAAGAUAUGGUUAACCGUCAUGGAAUCAGGGAUCAUAUAUGGCUUCAAACAUUAUAUGAAGAUCGCAGACGAUGGGUUCCUGUUUAUUUAAAGGAGAUAUUUCUUGCAGGAAUGUUUCCAACUCGGCCAAAUGAGGUUAUGGAGUCAUUUUUUGAUGGCUAUCUUGAUAAACAUACUUGUUUGAAAGAAUUUUUGGAUAAAUACGAGCAAGCCCUACAGGAAAAUCAUCAGCUUGAAACUUUGGCAGAUAUGGACUCAAGAAAUUCAGGUUUUAUGAUGAAAUCAAGAUGUUAUUUUGAGUUGCAGCUCGCAAAAUUGUACACAAACAACAUACUAAGGGAAUUUGAACGGGAGGUGGAAGGGAUGUACUCCUGUUUUAGCACAAGACAAAUAAAUGUUGAGGGACAAAUAACCACAUACAUUGUCAGGGAACAAAUCGACGUAGAGGCAAACAGAAGGGAGACCAGGGAUUUUGAGGUUUUGUACAAUGCAACUGAAAUGGAAGUGCUCUGUGUUUGCGGUUUGUUCAACCUCAGAGGAUAUUUGUGCCGGCAUGCACUGAACGUCCUUCACCAGAAUGGCCUGGAGGAGAUCCCACCUCAGUACAUUCUAUCACGAUGGAGAAAAGAUAUCAAACGUAGUUAUGUUCUGAAUCACAGCUGUGGUGGCAUCGAUGUUAAUAACCCAGUUCAUAGGUAUGAUCAUCUGUGCAAAUGCAUUAUGCAGGUCGUUGAGGAAGGCAGGAAAUCACAAGAUCGUUACAAGGAUACAGUUGAAGCAUUAGAUGAGAUAUUGAGCAAGCUUCAUCUUGUACAGGGUCAUUUGUAAAUUAUCUUUAGACCCAAGAUCUGUAAUUUAAUAAUCAAUCUUAUUAAAUCAAAAUUAUCAAUUAAAAAUAGGCCAAAAAAAAAAUCUAACAGUCAAGAUAAUUGAAUAUAAGCAUUGGUUCAUAAAACCGAAUUCAAAUCUCCGUAUAUCCUUAAAUUUACUUACCAAAAAAAAAACUUAAUAAUUUU